CAAAGCGCCCGAUCGCUCGCUCGCUCACUCACUCACUCACUGAAGGGAGCUACUCCACUCCACUAGCUAAGCCACACACCCACCCCACAGCCAUACCAAGCACGGUACAGAGAGCGGAGCGGAGCCAUGAGCAAGGACCGGCACGAGCACCACCUGCGGCGCUGCUGCGGCGGCCUCGCGGCGUGCCUCCUGUUCCUGGUCGUCGCCGUCGCCGUCACCGCGCUCGUCGUCUACCUCGUGCUCCGCCCCGCCAAGCCCUCCUUCUACCUGCAGGACCUGCAGCUCCGCUCCGUCAGCCUCGGGGACCCGUCCCUGUCCGCCACCGCGCAGGUCACGCUCGCCUCCCGCAACCCCAACGACCGCGUCGGCGUCCUCUACCGGCGCCUCGACGUCUUCGUCACCUACCGCGACGAGCCCGUGACGGUGCCGGUCUCGCUGCCGCCCGCGUACCAGGGCCACCGGGACGUCACCAUCUGGUCCCCCGUGCUGUCCGGGGAGUCCGUGCCCGUGGCCGGGUUCGUCGCCGACGCCAUGAAGCAGGACAUCGCCGCCGGGUACGUGGCACUGCAGGUCAAGGUCGACGGCCGCGUCCGGUGGAAGGUCGGCAGCUGGGUCUCCGGCAGUUACCACCUCUUCGUCAGCUGUCCCGCCGUGCUCGCCGCCGGCCCUGGUGGCAUGCCGACCGGGGGCGCUGGCCUCAACGGUACAGCCAGCCGCGCCGUCGCGUCGCUCAAGUUCACGCAGCCGACAGGGUGCACCGUCGGCACAUGAUGGAAAUUACGUGCCAUACGUGCCUACGUGGAAGAAAUUACGUAGCUUUUGAUUUUUCUGCUUAUGUCUCAUGUAACGGGAGAAUAAAAUGUACUAGUUCAAAUUUUGGAAUUAAUUAUUGCAAUUUGUAUUUC